CUGGACGGCGGCGGUGAUUUGAGGCGAAACGCCAUGAGGAAACAUAACAAGGAGGCAGCACUUUACAACGGUGGUCGCCAGUAUGGGCAAGAGAGGAGGGAUGCUCUUCCAUGGGUCCUUCCGGCCAAUGACCUUAUGGCAGCUGCAUGGCCUACAUCUCCUGGAGACCCUGAUUCAGUAGAUGGCAUGCACCGUUUUGAACCUGGCGAUUGGGUGGUGAUAAAGAGGCACGUGAGGAAAACCUUUGAGCACAGAUUUGAUGGUCCCUUCCAAGUCCUGUUGAAAACUGCAACCUUUGUAAAGACUUUCAUCCGGAAACCAACGGUCAAACUGAACAUUUGAACCAGUCUCUGGAGCAGUAUCUGAGGUGCUAUGUCUCUGAUAACCAACAGCUGUGGGCAAAAAAUCUGCCCCCCUGAGGUGAACUCAUUUAUUGAAGACCAGCCCCUGGAGAGACUUCUUUUUUUGCACCUCGUGUAACAUCUGACUGAUCAGUGAUACUUGAACAAUGUUGUGCCCAUGGAAGCAGUUCACAAACCGAGGGCUCAUUAGGAAAAAAAACACAUAUGAUGUAACCGAUCUGAACAACAAUGAACCCAAAAAUGAGAAGCAUCUCAGUGAGUUGAAAGAAAAGGACACCAAAUCCAAUGACACCAAAAGUGAUAUGGCCGAAAUAAAAGUAGGAUUACAAAAGGGUGCUCCGGAAAACCAUGGUCAUUCAUGCAAAAAAGUGGCUUGUCCCAAAUAUCUAAAGCUAAGAAACUAUGAGAAUGGAAAGAUUUUGCAAGACACAUUACAUCUCAGUGCAAAACAGAGCCUUGGUUGCCAGUCAUCUGUUUGUCAUGGAUCAAUAAUGAAUCCUAAGUGCUACAUGCGAGGUCCAAGGGAUAAGGCAAUACCUCAGGAUGUUCUAUUACCUCAAGCAGUGGAGUUUAUUAAUCAAUAUUACAAGUCUUUCAAAGAACCCCAAAUAGAAAACUACCUUAAUAGACUGGAAACAGUGACCAAAGAUAUUGAACAUACGGGAACCUACCAGUUAACAUACGAUGAGUUGGUAUUUGCAUCGAAACAGGCGUGGAGAAAUGCCCCCAGGUGUAUAGGACGGAUCCAGUGGAGUAAUUUGCAGGUGUUUGAUGCCCGGGACUGCAAGACAACUCAAGAAAUGUUCCAGCUCAUCUGUCGUCAUAUAAAAUACUCCUCAAAUGGUGGUAAUAUAAGGUCAGCGAUUACCAUAUUUCCUCAGCGUACUGAUGGGACACAUGACUUCAGAGUCUGGAACAGCCAGCUGAUUCGGUAUGCAGGGUAUGAAAUGCCCGAUGGGGUAAUCAUUGGAGAUCCUGCCAGCAUAGAGUUUACAGAGCUAUGUAUGCAGCUUGGAUGGAAGCCAAAAUAUGAGCGAUUUGAGAUUCUCCCUCUGGUACUGCAGGCAAAUGGAGAGGAUCCAGAAUUAUUUGAAAUACCUAGAGAUCUAAUACCUGAAGUUAUAAUGGAGCACCCAAAAUUUGAGUGGUUUAAGGAUCUCAACCUGAGGUGGUACACGCUACCUGCAGUUUCUAACAUGAUGCUCGAAGUUGGAGGCAUUGAAUAUACAGCCUGCCCCUUUAAUGGCUGGUACAUGGGGACAGAAAUUGGUGUUCGAGACUUCUGUGAUGUUCAGCGGUACAAUGUGCUGGAGGAAGUUGGAAGGCGGAUGGGUUUAGAAACUCACAAGCUUGCGUCUCUGUGGAAAGACUACGCAGUUGUUGAACUUAAUUUAGCCGUUCUAUACAGCUUUCAGAAAAACAAUGUGACCAUAAUGGAUCAUCAUUCUGCUGCCGAGUCUUUCAUGAAGCAUAUGGAGAAUGAAUACCGGUUAAGGGGAGGAUGUCCAGCAGAUUGGGUCUGGCUUGUUCCACCAAUGUCAGGAAGCGUUACUAAAGCCUUUCAUCAGGAAAUGCUCAAUUACAUUCUGAAUCCAUUUUACUACUAUCAGAUUGACGCUUGGAAAACUCACAAGUGGCAUGACGAGAGCCGUAAACCAACGAAGAAGGAAUUCAAACUGAGUGUUAUUUCCAAGGCAGUUCUUUUUGCUUCAACACUUAUGCGGAAAACUAUGGCUGCCAGGACGAAGGCAACUAUACUCUUUGCAACUGAAACUGGGAAGUCUGAGACAUUUGCAAAAAAGUUGCACAUGUUAUUCAGCUAUGCCUUUAACACUAAGGUGGUCUGUAUGGAAGAUUACAAUAUUGGAAACUUGGAUAAAGAAUCUCUUCUCCUGGUGGUUACAAGUACAUUUGGGAAUGGUGACUGCCCUAGCAAUGGAGAGAAAUUCAAGAAAUCAAUUUUCAACUUGAAGAAAUUGCAAGACAAAUUGAGGUAUGCUGUUUUUGGACUUGGCUCCAGCAUGUAUCCACAGUUUUGUGCAUUUGCCCAUACCCUAGACCAGAAACUGGCACAGCUUGGUGCCAACCAGAUCAGCCCUACAGGUGAAGGAGAUGAACUUAGUGGGCAAGAGGAAGCUUUUCUGUCAUGGGCCAUCCACACUUUUAAGGCUGCCUGUGAAGUGUUCGAGAUUCGUGGCAGACAGAAAAUUACCUUACCAAAAUGUUAUACCUCAACAGAAGGCUGGAUUCCAGAAAAUUAUCGUCUUAUAAAUGAAAGUCAACCUUUAGAUCACAUCAAAGCCCUCUCAAAACUGCAUUCAAGAAGUAUCAUAAAAAUGACCCUAAAAUCUAACGAAAAUCUGCAAAGCCCAAAAUCUAGCCGUGCCACCCUCCUAGUGAAACUUUCCAGUGAGAAUUACCAGGAAGUUCAGUAUCUGCCAGGAGAACAUGUUGGUGUAUUUCCUGGCAAUCAGCCAGAGCUAGUUAAUAGCAUAAUUGGACUUCUGAAGGAUGCUCCCGCAAUCAAUCAGGACAUCCGGCUGGAGACACGCAGUGAACAGGGUAACUUCUGGACAACCAGUGAGAAAAUCCCUCCUUGCUCACUGUCCCAGGCAUUGACUUACUUCCUGGACAUAACCACCCCACCCUCCCAGCUGCUUCUGAAAAAGCUGUCUCUUCUGGCUACUGACGUGGAAGACAAACAGAGACUGGAAGACUUGAGCAAAGAUACAGAAAAGUACAAUGCAUGGAAAUCCUACAAUUAUCCAUCAUUCCUUGAUAUACUGGAGGAGUUUAAAUCUCUUGAAGUACCUACUACAUUUUUGCUGACUCAGUUACCAGCACUUAAGGCACGGUACUACUCUAUAAGCUCCUCCAAUGACAUGUCACCUGGAGAGAUUCACCUCACCGUCGCUGUUGUAAACUACAGAACGAAAGGAGGCCAUGGUCCACUUCACCAUGGGGUUUGCACUACAUGGUUAAACACUUUGAGCCAGAAUGAUAUAGUUCCUUGUUUUAUACGGAGCACAAACGCAUUCCAUCUCCCGACAAACCCAUUAUCGCCAUGCCUUCUGAUCGGCCCAGGAAGUGGAAUUUCUCCAUUCAGAGCUUUCUGGCAGCAGAGAUUGUAUGACAUUGAGAAAGGUAAAAAUGUCAAAUCUAUGAUAUUGCUAACUGGCUGCCAGCAACCUGACAUUGAUGAAAUCUACAAAGAAGAGUUGCAAUACAUGAAAAGAAAAGGUGUUAUACAAGACGUGUUCACUGCUUACUCGCGAAAGCCCGGACAAGCAAAGACAUAUGUCCAGCACAUUCUGGAAAAAAAUCUUGAAGAUGAAGUGUUAAGGAUUCUAUUUGGAAAAGACGGCCAUAUCUAUGUGUGUGGACAUAUUGAGAUGGCCAGAGAUGUCGCUUCAACAAUUAAACUGAUUAUUGCAAAAAAGAAGGGUUUGAAUGACGAGGAAGUGGAACAAUAUCUGACCCAGUUAAAGAGUGAAAUGCGUUAUCAUGAAGAUAUAUUUGGGGCAACAUAUAAGACACGGCAGCCCCAGAAUGGAAUAAUAUCUCCUGAUAUAUCAUAUCGCUGCCAUGAAUCAGUUGUUCCGCAAUACAGAAAAUUGUAACUUUUCCUCCACAUAUCUUGUUUUAAAUCAUGAACAAGUAUAGAGGAACCAAUUCAAAUUUAGAAAGCAAAAAAAUUCCUUCCGAGUUGAUUAAAACAAUUUACUUUCUGCAUGGACAGUACAUGGUGUGGAAAGCAAGAACCAAAAAAUAUAUCACAUUUAUUAUUUAUUUUAUUGUUUUAUCAGUAUUAGCAUGUACAAAUACUGUUGGCUCCCGAAAAAUUGAAGUUAAAGAAUUCCAGAAUAUCCAGACAUGUGCCUCCACAGCUCCAGAUGAUUGGUUUCCAAUGGAUCUUAAUCAAACAUGACUAUUCUCUUUUGUAAAUGUCCUGCAGCAAUAUGUUGGACAUCAACUGUGAUAACACCAUGGCUAAAGAAGAUUUGGAAAAAGUCUGAUUUUGCAUUCAGAACCCAGUGGACUAGUUGAAUGGCUGCUUGAUAAUGACUCUUGUCAUUAUGAAAUUGAAAAUUUUUGUCAAUCAUUGUACAUAUAUCGAUUUUCAAUUUGGCAACACAAAAUUUCAUACUUAUAUUCAUGUUUAUGACAUUACAAUGUUUUGUAUUUAUGGUAUAAACAUUAUAGAGCAGGGAUGCUCAAUCUGCGGCCCUCCAGUUGUACAAAACCUCAACUCCCAGCAUGAACUAAUAGCUGUAGGUGAUCCAGGCAUACUGGGAGUUGUAGUUUUGCAGCAGUUGGAAGGUCGCAGGUUGGGUAUCCCUGUUGUAGAGGUUUUUAUGCACUGUAACAGAUGGGAAACUCUUGCCACUCUGGGAUGUAUUUUUGUUCUUAUGGUUUUUAAGAGCCAAAAUGUGUACUUAAAGGGGUAUUCCUGGAUUUUACUAUUGUUGAACUAGGCCGUCAAAAUCUGAUCAAUGAGGAACCUUGCACCCCCACCAAUCAGCUUUCUCAGAGUAGCUCUGGCAUCAGCGGUGCAGUAAGCAGGUACAGUAUGCCUACUGCACAAAGGACACAGUGGUGUAGCUCCAGCACACUUCUAGCAAACAACUGAUCGGCAGGGGUACAAGAUGCCAGAUCCCCCGUCGAGUAGAUAUUGUGGCCACUUCUCAGGCUAGGCCAUCAAUAGUAAUAUCUGCAACAUCCCUUAUUAUUUAAUACAUUUUUACCAAUGCUCAUGAUGAGCAGCAUCAAAAUAAAAUUGCAAUGCAUUGCAGUGGGUGAAAUCUGCUUAAAAUCUGAGGCAUGUUUUCAAAACUGUGUGUUUUUUUCUCACUGAUGUCAAUGAGUUUUCUAAAUGCAAGCCAAUAGUAUGAAAUGAAGCAAGCAAGGCUCUUAAAGGGGUUGUCCGGGUUCAGAGCUGAACCCGGACAUACCCUUAUUUUCACCCCAGCAGCCCCCCUGAGGCUAGCAUCGGAGCAUCUCAUGCUCCGAUGCGCUCCCUUGCCCUGUGCUAAAUUGCGAUUUAGAGCAGGGCAAAGGAGAGCAUCGGAGCAUGAACUGCUCCGGUGCUCAUGUCAGCUCUGAACCCCGACAACCGCUUUAAUAGAUGUUAUACCUCAUGCCAGUAGAUGCAGUCUUUACACCAGUAAACAGCUCUCCUUGUAUGUCUGCUUCGGUAAAUGCUUGCAUUGCCAAUGAAAUAACAAUACUGGAACGUCUUUUCUUAGAACUCCACAUUGUGCUGUUCCCCUGUUAUUUCCUCCCGGAAAUGUAUGAAUAUAUUGGCAACUGGGUGGUACCUUUACCCUUGGCGAUAGGGCAUGUCUCUACCCAGUUUGACUGUCAGCAGUAAUUGUAUAGUGUCAGAAUGGGCAGGGACACACUCCCUAACUGGUACUACUCACCUAGCCCUUCACUGCAAAUUGCUAGCAAUUCAUAACUUCUAGCAGGAAUAAUAUAGGAAUGGCACAUUAUAGAGUUAUAAGAAGAUAUACUCCAUAAUUGUUAUUACAAGAAUGAUGCAAGUAGUUCCUAAAACAGACAUGUCAGGAGAGGUUACAGGACCGCUUUAACUACUUAGUAAUUGUCAUACAUAAGUGUUAGGAUCCAACCACUGGGAUCCCAUCAAUUCCAAAAACUAGGAUAAUUUGUUUCCUUGUAGAAAUGGAGCGGGGGUUUAGUAUGUAUUUCAUCCCUAUGGGACUGCUAAAAACAGCCCUUGGCACUGUCUGUCAAUGAAUGGAGCAGCAGCGAACAUGCUCGUGAUCAGUGGAGGUCCCAGGAGUUGAACCUCCACCAAAAAUAUGCCCUAACUUGUAGAUAUGGGCUAAGUUUAAAACUUGGCACUACCCUUUUUAACUAAAGUCUUUCUAUGAGAUUUCUGAGAAGAAUGAAUACGUCAGUAAGCAAAUUAUGAGUAUGGUAUGCAUCUAAUACAUUGGCAACUGGGUGGUACCUUUCCCCUUGACAAUAGGGCAUGUCUCCAUGCAGUUUGACUGUCAGCACUGAUUGGAUAGUGUCAGAAUGUGCAGGGGCACGCCCCUAAUUUGUAAUACCCACCCCUUUUUGUAUUUAUAAGGUCUAAUAGGUGAGGCCAAUGAUAAAAAAACAAAAUCCCCAAAAUAUAUAGUAAAUAUGAAGGUACUGUAGCAAUAUAUCUAUAUGGAAAACUGAACCUUGUUUUGGCUGCUUGCCUAUUACCUCCAUAUAUUCUACAUCUGUCUACCAAACUGGCACCUGUUUGGUUGUUAUUGAAGUAUAUGUUGGAUAGCUCCCUGGCUGGACCAGGGGUACAACUGUCAACCUAUUCUAUAGUUUGAAACCAGAUCUAACUUUUGAUAUUUAACCUUAUUCUAUUAUUAUUGUAUCUGAAUUUUAUCAGAACCUAUAUUGUUAUUUAAAUCAUUAUAUUUAAUAAUAAUUAUAUUCAUAUGAGUCUGUGUAGAGUAUGUUUUUUGAAACUUUAGUUUACCCUGUAUGAUAAAUGUAAAAUUAAAUAAAGUUUAUGUAUU